UGUGGUUGGGUUUGUGUUCAAAAUAGAAAGUGAAGGAAACCCAGCCCAGGAUUGCGCGGUUUGAACCUUGAAUUCCAUUCUAUGCCCUCCCUUACCUACCUAAACCCUAAUUUGACAAACGGAAUUCUCAUUCGUAGGUAGGCGUCGGACUCGGACCUCAUGGCCGGAGCUCCAAGAGACCAAGUUCUCUCUCUCCUCGCUGCCGCCAACAACCAUGGUGAUUUGGCAGUCAAGCUCUCUUCUCUCAGACAGGCCAAGGAUAUUCUUUUGUCCCUCGAUCCUUCUUCUGCGACCGAGCUUUUGCCCUAUUUUGUUGAGCUCCAGUCCUCCCCCGAGCUCCUUGUCCGAAAAUCGCUCCUCGAGUUAGUGGAAGAAAUUGGGUUGAAGGCGAUGGAGCAUUGCUCUGUACUAAUGCCCGUCUUCUUGACACUUUUAAGAGAUGACCACUAUAUCGUUGCGAAACAAUCUAUUGUUAGCGCCUCGAAUUUCUUUUCUAGUGUUUUACAAGAGAUGUCAUUGCAGUUUCAAAGAUGUGGUAAAGUGGAGAGAUGGCUUGAAGAACUUUGGUCGUGGAUGGCUAAGUUCAAAGAUGCAGUAUUUGCUAUAGCAUUGGAGCCUGGCUGUGUUGCGACAAAGUUGCUUGCACUGAAAUUUUUGGAAUCAUAUGUUUUGCUAUUUUCAUCCGACUCUAGUGAAACUGAAGCUCCUGUUGCAGAAGGAAGCCGGCGGCUUUUCAAUAUUCCGCUGCUGGUUGGUGGUCACCCAGUUCUUGACCCAUACAUGCUCAUGUCAGAGGCAAAUAGGACUCUUGACAUUCUAUUGAAUUUGUUGCAGUCAGCUAGCAGUUUACCUGGUCCUUUGACAAUCACCGUUGUGAAUUGUCUUGCAGCUAUAGCAAGAAAGAGACCUCUUCACUACGGUACAGUUCUCACUGCGCUGCUUGAUUUUAAUCCGAACUUUGAGCUGCUGAAAGGUUGUCAUACUUCCAGUAUCCUGUAUUCCAUAAGAACUGCGCUGUUGGGAUUUCUUAGGUCUACUAACCCGGCUAUAAUGGAGUCAAGAGAUAGGUUGGUUCGGGCUCUACGAACUAUGAAUGCUGGAGAUGCAGCAGAUCAAGCUAUCCGGCAAGUUGACAAAAUGAUCAAAAAUGCUGAACGUGCUUUACGUGAGGCUCGGUUGGGGAAGGAUGAUCAACUGUCAAGCCAGCUACCUGUUACAGGGGAUCUGUUAAAAAAGAGAUCUGUGCCUUUGGACAAUGAAGACUCAGCUAAUAACCAUGAGAUACCUUCUAAGAAAAUGCGUCAUGGUCCAGAGACCUAUUUGGGUGUCCCUGUUCAAAGUAAUGAUUUUUUGCGGGAUAGCAGUUCUGUUAAUGGUCUCUCCCAUGAUAUUCCCUUGUUGGAUGGUGAAUUAACUCCUGUAGAAAAGAUGAUUGCAAUGAUUGGUGCUUUGCUUGCUGAAGGAGAAAGAGGCGCCGAAUCACUUGAAAUCCUUAUCUCAAAAAUUCAUCCUGAUUUGUUGGCUGAUAUUGUUAUAACUAACAUGCGGCACUUGCCUAUGACUCCCCCUCCCUUAACAGGGGUUGGGAAUUUCUCAGUACCUCGCCAGAUAAGCUCUUUAAAUAAUGCAGGACAAGUUAAUUCUGGGUCUCCUCGAGCAAAUUCUGUGCAAUCCCCAACUCUCCCUUUGCAGAUGCCUUUUUCUUCUGCUACUAUAACUAGUUCUUUGGUUUCUGACUUGUCUACUGCAAAUAAUUUUCCUACUGAUUCAAAACGAGAUCCACGGAGGGAUCCUCGUCGGCUAGAUCCACGGCGUAUAGCUGUUUCUACUGGACUUGCAUUGAAUCCUAUUGUAGAGGAUGCUACUUCCUUGCAAUCUGAAUCUGAUGGUUUUAUUCCUUUGAGUAAGCCUAAUUCACUUUCUUUUGGGACAAGAUUUGAAAAUUCUUCAGAGCCUGUUAUCUCCAAGGAGGAGGAAAUAGAAGGUCCAAUGAUUUCUGGGAUGGGUCAAUCAGUUCACAAGGAGGAGGUUCUUGAACCAGAGGAAAUUGCCCCUGCAAAACAGGUCAAGACUUCAGAUCCCACAGAUUCUGCUGUUCACACUAGUGAUGACUUUGUUGCAGUAGAGUUUCCAGAUGUUGCAGUGAAAGAUGAAGUUGAUAUGUCAUAUUUUCCAGAAUUUGAUCAGCAUUCUCCAGGCCUUUCAAAUGAAUCUGCAUCUGAAGAUACCUGUCAUGAUCUACCUCAACUUCCACUAUAUGUGGAGCUAACCGAAGAACAGCAACAAAGUGCUAGAAAAUUUGCCGUUAAACGGAUUAUUCACUCUUACAAGCAUUUAUGUGUGACAGAUUGUAGUCAGAUGCGCCUGGCAUUACUUGCUAGGUUGGUUGCACAGAUGGAUGCAGAUGAUGAAGUUGUUGUGAUGGUGCAAAAACAUAUUGUGGUGGACUAUCAAGAGCAGAAGGGGCAUGAGCUUGUAUUACACAUCUUGUAUCAUCUCUAUUCACUCACAGCCCUUGAUUCAGUUGGAAACAUUUCUUAUCCUGCUGCUGUGUAUGAAAAAUUUCUUUUGGCAGUGGCGACAUCUUUGCUCGAUUCCUUUCCAGCUUCAGACAAAUCUUUUAGCAAACUACUCGGUGAAGUUCCAGUUUUGCCUAAUUCUGCUUUGAAACUACUAGGUGAUCUCUGCUAUGCUGAUAUAACUGACCAACAUGGAAAAGAUAUCCGUGAUGUGGAACGUGUUACGCAGGGCCUUGGUGCCGUCUGGAGUUUGAUUUUGGGACGUCCCUUGUAUAGGCAAGCCUGCUUAGAUAUAGCUUUAAAGUGUGCUGUUCAUCUACAAGAUGAAAUUCGUGCAAAAGCUAUUCGCCUGGUGGCUAACAAACUGUAUCAGUUGAGUUAUGUAGUGGAAAAUAUUGAGCAGUUUGCAACUAGUAUGUUGCAAUCAGCUGUGGAUAACCAAUCUUCAGAUUUAGAGCAUCUGCAAUCUGGGUCCACUGAACAAAGAGCUACAUGGAUGGUUGGAAGCCAGGAAACAUCAGUUAGUGAUUCUCAAAUUACAGAUUCUGGAAAUUCUGAAAUUGAUUCCACAAGGAAGGGUCAGCCUGUAGCACAUGGCACAACAACAAUGUCUCUUCUGGAUGCUCAGCGACUCAUUUCUCUGUUUUUUGCUUUAUGUUCUAAGAAACCAAAUCUUCUUCAACUUGUUUUUAACAUUUAUGGGCGAGCGCCAAAAACUGUAAAGCAGGCCUUUCACCGCCAUAUCCCAAUUCUCACAAGGGCACUAGGUUCAUCUAAUCCUGAUUUGCUCUCCAUAAUAUCUGAUCCACCACAAGAGAGUGAGAAUCUUUUGAUGCUAGUACUGCAAAUUUUGACCCAGGAGACGACGCCUGCUCCUGAUCUGAUAGCCACCGUCAAACAUUUAUAUGAAACUAAAUUGAAGGAUGUAUCAAUUCUUAUCCCAAUGUUAUCUUCACUUUCCAAAAAUGAGGUUUUGCCUAUAUUUCCCCGGCUUGUUGCUCUUCCUUUAGAAAAAUUCCAAAAGGCCCUUGCUCAUAUACUACAGGGUUCAGCUCAUACUGGUCCAGCUUUAACACCUGCUGAGGUUUUAGUUGCCAUUCACAACAUUGCUCCUGAAAAAGAUAGUCUUGCUCUUAAAAAGAUAACAGAUGCUUGCUCAGCUUGUUUUGAGCAGCGAACAGUAUUUACACAGCAAGUCUUGGCAAGGGCCUUGAGCCAGAUGGUUGACCAGACUCCACUACCUCUUCUCUUCAUGAGAACAGUAAUUCAGUCAAUUGAUGCUUUUCCUUCACUGGUUGAUUUCGUUAUGGAGAUACUUUCCAAACUUGUGAGCAAACAGGUCUGGAAGUUGCCAAAACUUUGGGUUGGCUUCUUGAAAUGUGUAUCUCAGACGCAACCACAUUCUUUUCAUGUCUUAUUGCAGUUACCACCACCACAACUUGAAAGUGCUUUAAACAAGCAUGCAAACCUCAGAAGUCCCCUUGCUGCUUUUGCUAGUCAGCCGAGCUUAACAAGUUCACUGCCUAGAUCAACACUUGCAAUUCUGGGUCUUGCAAAUGAAAGGCUGCAACAAUCUCACCGUUCAUCAUCCUUUAACUCUUCAGAUGCAAGUUCAUCAGUUCGCGGAGCAACACCAUCAUGACAGCUAAGAACCUUUGCAAUUCUGGAAUUUGAUCUUGAUUGUAUAUAGUUCAUAUGAAGACCCUGCCAUGUGAUAGAAUACUUAAAAGUUUGGAGAAAGGAAGGUGUGAUUGAUUGGUUGGAUGGGUGUCUGACUGGUUAAAAACGAAUGAAUGAUUCCUUCAAGCCUCUAGUACAUAAGGAGGCCUUUCAAUGAAUCAACUUCCGUCCUAGAAAGAUCAGUUUCACUUUCAUAUACUUCUGACCAGCAGCAGCUGCUUCGGAAUGUAUCAUAGUGUAUUUGUCUUUGUAUUUGUAUCUAAUCUCUCAAAUUUUGGUUUAUUUUUAUCCUGUUUAAUGCGGGUUGGGUUCGAUUUACUAGUUUCAUUUUGGUUGGUUAGCCUAGCCACUUGGAGCUAAGCUGUUGAAGCCUCGAUUACAUUCAGUAUUAUUGUAAUAAUUUCUCCACGUUCUUCUGUACUA